AUACAUGGCUGAAAAAAAUACAUGUGCUGUGUAUAAAUAAUCGAAUUUUAAUUAACAAUAAAUAUAAAUUUUGAUAAAUAAAUGAUACUUGAAAUGGCUGGUGAUAAAGUGCUGGAGGAAGUUAUUGCAACUUAUGAUAGUAAUACAAAACCAGUAAAAUAUUUAAGUGUUCAAGAUAGUGUUGCACCAAAAUUUCAAGAAAAAUUAAAAGAUGUUUAUGAUUUUGCUCAUUGUCAAAUUAAAAAAAAAUCAAAAAAUGCAUUACCGGAACUUGUCAUUCAAGAUUUUGAUGAGGAACAAAUUUGGCAGCAACUUGAAAUGAAAAAUGAUGAUGAAUUGACAGAUUUAUUUGGUGACGUUCAUCAGGGUUCAGCUGAGGAUAAACUUAAAAUCCCAAUUGAAGUGGAUCCAAAUGAUAAACAAUUAUCAAUUAAUGAGAUAAAUUCUGAAGAAGAUGAUAAGGAUGAUGAUGAUGAUAAGGAUGAUGAUAAUGAUGAUGAUGAAGAAGAUGAAGAUGAAAAAGACGAAGAAAUAAAUAAAGAAGAAAUUGAAGAUGAAGGUUCUGAUGUAGAUUUUUCUGGUAGUGAUGACUCUUAUGACUUGGAUAGAAGUUUAAAAAAGAAAAAAAAUAAUAAUGGGCCAAUGAAAAGAAGUAAACCAUCAAUUGUUAAUGAUAAAUUUUUUAAAUUAGAUGAAUUAGAAAACUUUUUAAAUAAAGAAGAUGAUAACUAUUUGAAUAAAGAGUUGAAUGAUAAGUAUGAACCAAAUAAUGAUUUUUUUAAAGAUGAUUUAUCAUCUGAAGAUGAUGAGGAUCCAGAAAAUGCUAGAAUGCUCAAGUAUACUGGUUUUUUUGAUAGUCCAGAAAGUGGUGAUGAUGAUGAUGAAACAUCAAAAAAUAAUAAUAAAGAAUUAGCAACAUCUGAGGAUAAUGAUGAAGUUGAAAAAAAUGAUAGAAAAAGAAAAUUAAGUGAAACAAAAUUACCUGAAAAACGUGUUAAAUUUAAUUUAAUUGAUAAUUCUGAUGACGAUGAUGAUGAUAGUAUUGAAAAAGCUAAAAAUAAUGAUGAUAAUGAUAAUGAUGAUAUUAAAUCAUCAUUGGAAAAUCGUCAAGAACGUCUUAAGCUUAGAAUUAAACAAUUUGAAAAAGAAGCAAUAACUGAAAAACCUUGGCAAUUAAAAGGUGAAAUAACUGCAACAAAACGUCCGGAAAAUUCACUUCUUGAAGAAUUUGUUGAAGUUGAUAUUGCAACAAGACCAGCUCCAGUAAUAACUGAACAAACAACAUUAAAAUUAGAAGACAUAAUAAAACAAAGAAUAAAAGAUAAAGCAUGGGAUUCAGUUGUAAGAAAAUAUAAACCAGUUGAAACACCAAAAGAAUAUAAAAAGAAACUUGUAAUGGAUCAAGAAAAAAGUCAAAAAAGUUUAGCUCAAAUAUAUGAAGAUGAAUAUGUUAAACAAAAAUCAGCACUCAAUUCAAAUGAUGAUGAUGAACGUCAAGAAGAAGAGCCAAAAGAACACAUAGAAAUACGUGAAUUAAUGCAUUCAUUAUUUAGAAAACUUGAUGCUUUAUCAAACUUUCAUUAUACACCAAAACUUGCACAACCUGAAAUUAAAAUUAUCAGUAAUAUACCAGCAAUUAAUAUGGAAGAAGUUGCACCAAUUGCAACAACAGAUGCAACACUACUUGCACCAGAAGAAAUAAAGAAAAAACCACGUGGUGAUAUUAUUGGUAAAUCUGAAAGAACUAAGACAGAUAUGAACAGAGCAAGAAGGAAGAAAAAGGUUAUGCAAAAAGUUAAACAACAAGCUAUUGAAAAGAAACAAGAACUAAUGAAAGAUGGACCAAUUAAAAAUAAAAAACAAGCUAAAGUUAUACAAGCUGCAAUGGUUAAAAAAUUAACAAAAGAUAGAAAUAUUUCAACUAUUGAUGUAUCAACAAACAAAAAUCCAAAAUCAACAAGUGCUUUCUUUUCACAAUUACAAGAUCAAGUAUCCAGUAGCAUCAAGUCAAAAACUGGUGCACAAAUUAAAAAGAAAGAUAAAAAUGUAAACUCUGUUAAAAAACUUAAAUUAUAAAUAAUUACUUGUUUUUUUUUUUCUUUUUUGUUCUUCUUCUUGUAUAUUAGAUUUUGAAAAUAAAAUUUUUUUUCUAAGU